AACAUUUACAUACUAGUUUGUACUUUCAGAGGGAUUACCCUGAGAACUGAUCCCGAUUUUCAUAGUACUCCCGGCCAUAGAUAGAUAGCGUUAAGCGAAGGCUAGGCAGGCAUUAGGCGAGAAACAUAACUAGUAGAAAGAAAAGCAGCAGCAAUUGAAACUGGAAUUGAAAUGGAGGACAAGUUAUCCAUCGUGGCAAAGAGUUUUGCACCGUCACCAAUUCAGGAACUGUCCCAUCUCGCCCAGAGGUGCAACGCCAUCAACCUCGCCGAAGGCUUCCCAGACUUCCCUGCACCUUCCCAUAUCAAACACGCUGCCAUCUCUGCCAUUCAUUCCGACUUCAAUCAGUACAGGCAUGUGCAAGGAAUAUGUGACCACCUGGCACACAUAAUGAAGCAGAUGCAUGGAUUGGAUGUCAACCCUCUUACUGAUAUAGCUAUUUGCUGCGGCCAAUCUGAGGCCUUUGCAGCGGCUGCCUUUGCAAUAAUAGACAAGGGCGAUGAAGUUAUUCUGUUUGACCCUUGCUAUGAAACAUAUGAAGGAUGUAUUAAGAUGGCUGGAGGAGUCUCAGUGUAUGUGCCUCUUGACCCACCCCACUGGACCUUGGACCCUAAAAGAUUCAUCAACGCUUUUAAUGAGAGAACAAAAGCUCUCGUACUCAACAGUCCUCACAAUCCAACCGGCAAAGUUUUCACUAAAGAUGAACUUGAGAUUAUUGCUGAAGAAUGUCGCGCAAGGAAUUGCCUAGCUAUAACAGAUGAAGUAUAUGAGCAUAUAACCUUCAACAAUGCAAAGCAUAUAUCCCUUGCCUCACUUCCAGGGAUGAAGGAGCGGACUAUUAUUACGUCUUCCUUAUCUAAAACGUUCAGUGUAACAGGUUGGAGGGUUGGAUGGGCAAUAGCUCCAGCUUUCAUUGCCUCUGCAAUCAGAAACAUUCACGCUAAACUUACAGAUUCUGCUCCAGCACCUUUCCAAGAAGCUGCCUUAAUUGCGUUGGGAAGCCCCCCCGAAUACUUUGAAUCCUUGAGAAGUGAUUAUGAAUCAAGGCGAGACUACAUUGUCAAUUUGCUUGCCAGGAUCGGGUUUAAGAUUCAAUUCAAGCCUCAGGGUGCACUCUUUUUAUUUGCUGAACUACCUGAAAAUUGCCAACUUUCUGAUGUAGAUUAUGUGAAAAUGUUAAUACAGCAAGCGGGGAUAGUGGCUGUGCCAGGAUGUGGAUUUUUUCAUGCAGAUUUAUCGCUGGAGAAAUUAUCUCAGGAAGGUUACUGCUAUCGGGAGAGAUAUAUUAGGUUUGCAUUCUGUAAAAGUGAUCAGACUUUGGCUUCUGCUGCCAAAAAACUUGGACAGCUUUUGGAUGCUGCAGGGUGUCUCAAUCUAAGAUAACUUGGCAGGAAGAUUAACUCAUGUUUUUGUACUUUAAGUUGAGAUUAUAUCGGAAGAUAGAACUUCAUGAGAAUAACGUACUCAUAUUAGAUUGAAUAAACGCACGAACUGUGCUUCCAAUUUCA